AUGGCUUCCAGCGUUGAGACCGCUGUGUCGACGAGCACCGACAUACCCAUCACCCGCCCGGACAAGCAGUACACUGCCGCCACGCCCCAGCCCGAUCCCAUCCAGACCCUCCAGACCCCUGGCUCCAAUGGCGCCGCAAAGGGCUCCAGCGCCGGCUCUGGCGCCAAGUCAGUCGGGAAAUACAGACACGUCGUUGCCGUCCACCACCAGGCCCGCCCGUCGUGCCUCAGCCAGGAUGCGGAGCAGCCGCCGAGUUUCGUGGGCUUCAGGAACCUCAUGAUCCUAGUGCUGAUCGUCUCCAACCUGCGCCUGAUGAUCGAGAACUUUCGGAAGUAUGGAGUCCUGAUCUGCAUUCGUUGCCACGAUUAUCGCCGCCAGGACGUCGUCUACGGCUCCAUCCUCUACUUCCUUGUCCCGUGCCAUCUCUUCGUCGCAUACGUCAUCGAGCUCGCUGCCGCGCAACAAGCCAAGGGUGCCAUCGCACGGAUCAAGAAGGCUGAAUCGCCGAAAGACGUGCAGGCGCGACGCGACGAGUUCCGCAGCACGUGGGGUCUUAUUGCCUUUGCUCAUGGCGUCAAUGCCACGCUGAAUCUCCUGGUUGCGUCGACAGUCGUCUACUACUGGAUCCAUCAUCCUGGCAUCGGUACGCUCUGUGAGCUGCACGCCAUCAUUGUCUGGCUGAAAACAUGCUCCUAUGCCUUUACCAACCGUGAUCUCCGGCAUGCUCUGCUUGACGACUUUGGCACCGCUCCUCUUCCCGACAUCUACAAGGAGUGCCCGUAUCCGAAGAACAUCUCAAUCAAAAACUUGACGUAUUUCUGGUGGGCCCCCACCCUGGUCUAUCAGCCCAUCUACCCUCGCACCGACAAGAUCAGGUGGUCCUUUGUCUUCAAGCGCUGCGGUGAAAUGCUCGGGCUCGGCAUUGUCAUCUGGAUUGCGUCCGCCCAGUAUGCCUCGCCACUGCUCAAGAACUCGUUGGAUAAGAUUGCGACGCUUGAUCUCGUGUCGAUUUUGGAGCGCAUGUUGAAGCUCUCUACCAUUUCCCUGUUUUGCUGGCUGGCCGGCUUCAUGGCUUUCUUCCACUCCUUUCUGAACGCCCUCGCCGAGGUUAUGCGUUUCGGAGACCGCGAAUUCUACACGGAAUGGUGGAACGCCCCAAGUAUCCGUAUCUACUGGGUCACAUGGAACAAGCCUGUUGCCAGCUUCAUGCGCAGGCACAUUUACAGUCCAUUGUGCGGGCGUGGUGUUCCGCCUGUCCUUGCUCAGAUCAUGGUUUUCCUGUUCUCGGGUGCUUUGCACGAGCUUGCCGUUGGUGUUCCAACCCAUAACAUCAUUGGUGUUGCAUUUGCUGGAAUGAUUUUCCAAAUCCCGCUCAUCAUGAUCACGGAUCCCAUCCACCGCAUGAAAGGUCUGCAGAGCAAAGUGAUUGGCAACAUGAUCUUCUGGGUCAGCUUCUGCCUUGUCGGCCAGCCUCUGGCGGCUCUACUCUACUUCUUCGCUUGGCAAGCUAAAUAUGGCACUGUGAGCAAACCACAGGUGUGGAGCUAA